UUGCUUUUUUUUUUGGAAAAGAAUUGUCUCAAAGUCGCCCGUUCAUUUGGUGAAAAAAGUGAAAAAGUUGACGAGAAUUUUGUGAGCCCCUUGCAUCACACGCGAGAAGUGUUCUUCAUCAAAAAAUGGAAGUCCAUGCGUCACUACUAUCACUAGUCAAAGCAAUCGUAGAUACUUCCAAAACUGACGAAGAAAUUCUGGAAUACCAGGAAAUUGCGUCCAACAUUAUUGACCAAAUUAUACCAUUGCCUGAGGGAGCCACAGCAGUGACAGCACCUCACCUUGGGUACAAUGCCCUGAUGCUAGCCUGUCAAUAUGGGCGGCAUAAAGUGGUGAAGGCGUUGUUGGAUAAGCGUGCUGAUCCAACCAUAAAAUGUGAAAACCCUGUUCCUGGUGCGAGUGCUCUUCAUUGUGCAGCCUCCAAUGGGCACCCAGAGUGUCUAGGUUUGCUGUUGAAGAAGAUUGAGAGUCUUGAAGUUAGGGAGUCAAUCUUGAAUGCACAGAAAACAAAAUGUGGGAACACUGCUCUUCAUGAUGCCGUAGGAGGAGCUCAAGUCUGGGUUCCAUCUUGUUCAAGAUUUGAGAAAUGCGUGGAAUUGUUGAUUCGCCAACCAAAAAUCAAUUUAGACAUUCCGAAUAAUGCGAACGGGGAUACGGCAUUACAUUUAGCUGCUCGAUCUGGGAAUCAUACCACCGUUUCUCAGCUCUUAGUUUUUGGAGCAAACGCUUCUCUCCCAAACAAAAACAAAAUUUGCGUUGGUCCUCAACUAUUGAGCGUUUCGCCAGAAAUGUUCAAAUUGGCGCUGGACUCCUGCAUCACGUUAAGCGACAAAAAAUUGUAUGAUCCGGCUUUGGAAAUGCACAUGGACUUCGAAAUCCUCAUCCCAAAAGAAGGUAAUGAGACAGCACUACUGGAAAAGAUCGCAGGAAAGAGAGACUCUGAUUCAAUUAUUUGCCACCCCUUGGUCGAAGCAUUCAUUCAGAUGGAAUGGCACGUGUGCAAAACCCGUCGAUGGUUGUACAUUUUCGUCAUGACACUGAUCCUCUUGGCUCUGCUAUUGAGAGUUGGUUACUUGAUGAUGAAAAGUUCCAUUGCCGGUUGUGAGUGA